UUCCGACGACGAAGCAUUGAAAGUUAACAUGGUCCUUAAAAAACCUCCAAAGUAUGGAUCAAGACGACUUCUUUGGAUUUGACGCUACUCCAUUGGAUGAUGAUUUGGGUGGUGGGUGCGACAGAGAAGAUGACGAUGACUUUGAUGCUCUCAAUGAUGAGACUUUUGGUAUGUGCGCCAGCACUGGCGACUGGGAGGACCAACAUCGACAGCUCUCUGGACUUGAAGAAGAUGGAGUUACAGAUGGGUUUUUCAAGGACAAUGAUGAGGGUGAUAAGCUGGAUGGUGUCAGAAUUCCAGGCAGUACCCUGAGCAGUCAUGUCCCCUACAGCCAAAUUGCUCUUAAUAAUGGAUUGGGGAACUUGGUUAUGGGAACACCACCUUCUUACAGCACUCCUCCCAAGCCUUCACUUAUUGAUCCUGUUAAACUCUCGGAAUCUCCUGGAAAUGGGAUCUGGGCGCCUGAAGCCUCUAUGCUGGAGAAGAUAGGCUUCAAUAGGGGCCUAGAUGACACCUCUAUGAACAGUCAGCUCUACCAGCUCCUAAAUCAGAACAAUUCACAACAUCCCCAGCAGCUAUCAAAUAUCAUGGCUUUGCAGCAACGACGGCAACAAAUGCUCAGUGCAGUACCUGAAACUUCGGUCGGUUUAGGACAUGAUACGCAAAGAUCUAAUCUCUUCUCAUCUUCUAGUCAAAUGCAGCAUCAGCUUAUGUCUAUGUUUGACAAUAGGACGAGCUUGCAAAGCAACUUUGACCAACAGCAGCAGCAACAAAUUCAUGCUCCUAGCCUGCCUCUGGGAUUCGCUAGCAAUGUUAAAUCUGUAGCUGACCUUGAAAUGGAAAUGCGUCUACAGCAGCUCAAAGUUGGCGGCAACCACGUGGAAGGGAUUGUACGAGCUGAAGAUCUCGAACGAACGCCUGUACCUCGUCUUGGCAAUGAUCUUGCCAAGCCCCUCAUGUCACUCUUCCAGAAUCAACAGCAGCAACCAACACAACAACAACACACUGCGCAACAACAGAAGUACAAGGAGCAACAGCAGUUGCACCAGCAAAAACAAAUGAUGGAAUUGCAGCAGAGAAGAAAUCACCAAUACCAACAACAAAUGCUGCACAAGCAGCAACACCUGCAGCGUCACACUUCAAUCCAUCCAUUGACUGGUUUGCCAUUGAAUGCUCCUGGUUCUGGACCGCAUCCUGGCAAUGUAAUGCAAGUCAACAGGAUGUUGCCUCCUAAUAUGCAAUUUUUGCAGCGCCGUCAGAAAGAAAUGAUGAUGGCGAGUUUGAAUGGCCGUCAACCUCAGCAGCAGAUGAUGGGAGGUAUCUUGCCAAUGGGUUCUCAUCUACCUCCAUCCAUGCAACUUGAUCCUAAUUUCCAGAACUUUUCUCCCAAUCUACGCAACCGCAACUGGAAUGAGUUUGAGCAUGGAAUGGGCAAUGGAGGAACUUGCAUAGAUCGCCGUGGCAGCUUCCCUAUUAAUGGUAGGGGACGAGAAGGACAAUUUGACGGACGCCAGCACGGCUAUGACCGUGACAAUUACCGCGACUUUGGGAGCAAUCAUCGCGAUUUUGGCAAUAAUGGAGGGCGCAUAAGACGGGACAGUGAAGCUGAGUGGGAGGAAUGGGAGAGGACGAGAAUGGAAGACGAAUAUGCCGGACUCAUGACUCCGAAACAGAAAAGCUGGCUUAGAAAUAUCCAGACCAUGCAGCUCACAACGGACAACCCUUACAGAGAUGAUUACUACUUUGUUAUGUACGAGGCAAAAAGGUCACGCGUUCACCUAGAUGCACCUCUACAGAUCCAAGGUUUGAAGGCCCUGCUUCCCGUCAUAGGAGGGGACCAGGAUAAGGAAACCGGUAACACCUACCAGCCUCCUGCGAUGGAAAACAGUCUCGGCAAACUCCAGGUUGCAUCGGUGAACGCCCCUCGCAAAAUAAUGGACCUGCAAGUGGUUCACUUAGAUGCCAAGGAGCCUACAACAAAAUUGCAGAUGGAGAUGCGCACGCAUCGAAUGCUACUACUUUCUAUUGAGAAACUGUACGGGCAGCUUAUGGAGCUCGAAGAUUUGGAUCGGAAAAUAUCAUAUUUGCCGGAUUCACCCACCCGUGACAUCUUCAUUCGGCGUGCUAAGGAACUCACCAAUGAAAUGUGGAAAAGCAUUAGCACCAAUGAUGAAUAUAUGCGCUCCCUGCUCUCUAUUAGAAAAGGAAAGACUCUCGUGUUGACGCUCGGCCGCCGACUGGGCAAGGACGCUGCCAUGCGCACAAUGGAUGUGGUUCUGAAGUACCUGCCGUACCUGACGCAGAACAGCCAGCCUCAGCACCAGAACACGCUUUACAUCCUCUGGCCUUUAGCUGACGAACUCCUGCAAACGGCCUCAGCCGAAAACUUGCUGCAUUUUGUCAAGGGGUUGCUGCCUUACCUUAGAACGUCGAAGGCUUCAGAAAAUAGUAAAAAAGAUGCCACUGCGGACAAAAGUAACAAAAGUAUAAAGAAUGAUGAAUUGAGUCCUCUUCUGAAAUCCAAAUUUAGCAUCAGCUUUAUAGUAGGUGUGCUGGUUCAGGGUGAAAGUGCGCAUCAAAAAAUGAAGCUCAGCGAACAUGAGGAUUGGAAAGAGUUCCUGUCGAGUAUCUCUGCCGUGAUGGUGCAAGAGCCUAACACCAUCACAGACACUUUGGUGCGUGACAGCGAUGUUGCGAACGUGGAUCGAGCGAUGAGCAUUGCUCGUAUCUUGUCUACAGGCACUGCCAGUGUGUCGACAACGUCCCCUCCAGUGGUUGUGCUGAGCAGGGGCCAGACUCUGAGCAGCCUCACCAAACAGCGCGGACUUGGCGGUGCAGGAGCAAGUGAUGUCAACCAAUCAUCUCCUGCCAGCUCCCUGGCAGGUUCAUACUUGGCUGAUCGGGGGUCUUGAUUUACUUGAGCGAACAGUCGCGGGAAAUGAUAACAUAAGGUGGUUUAUUGACUCGUUGUUAAGUCAUGAAUUUUUUGUUGUAACUAAUUGGCAGCGCACAACUAUACCUCGUAUGGACUGUUUUUAUUGCUGUGACAUUUGCGCUGAGUUGUCGCCACAAAAGCUAUAUUGUGUUCUCUGUUGCACUCUGACUGUUUAACUUGCUGGAUGACCGUGUCAGAGCUGGACACUUCACUUCACGGACCUUGAGCAUUUUCUGUUGCUCCUUCGGGGAAGUUUUUACAUUAAGCUUGUUUUGAAUACCGUGAACUGCAGCGAAUAGUUGGUUGUCCAGCCUUGUGUUCCAUUAUAAUCGUGGGACGAACUUCCUGCUUUUAGUCCUGUAAAUUGUCUAGAUACCUUAGACAUUUGUUGGCAAUUUUCAAGUUUUAUUGUUUGCCUGUGGCGCUCAAUUGAAUGGCCAUUAUCUUUAGUUAGCCUAUCAUAUUCUGGUGCGUUCAAAGGUAAUGAUCUUUUCUUGUAUUUUCGACGCAAGUCCAGUUGCUCGGAAUAACGCUUGUUAAAACUUGAUAUUACCGAAUUGAAAUCGUUCCAAAAUUUCUAAGCUAUUUAAAUAUAGUGUAUACUACCUAGAUCAAAAAAGUUUGAGCACUUGAUGAGUACAUACUCCCUCAGAACAAGUUGAAGUAACGUAGGCUGAGCCAUUAUCUAACAAUGUCGGCUUUCUGGUAAAUAGUAAUUUUUCUCAUUGUAACGGUAGUCAAUGUGCUUUUCUGCAUUCUUUUGUGAUAAAAAUAAAUUACUUUUGCAAAAAUAUGGAAGCCUAUUUUUCUUCUGGUGCCCUUAACGUUAAUUUUGUUCAUGUUCUCUACCCAAUUUGAAAUCAAUACUUUCCCUACGUUUUAUUCUUCCUCUUUAGUUCUUAAGUUAGUGUAAUAAUUGUUCAUUUUAACUUCAUUUUCAGCCCAUGCAUUGAUGCGCCGCUUGUUUCAUCUUGAGUCUGCAAUACCUUGACUGUUCAUAUUGGAUUGUUGAAUAAAUGUUGACGCGUUUGAUAAGGAUAGAUUUGUGGAAGUUAAAGAGACCGUUCAAGGGAUGCAGUUUUUUAGGAGGAAUCGUUUUGACACUGAUUUCUUAACCUUAUGUUUGUGUAACUUCUGUCAUUAAUUUAUGCCGAUAUUUUGUCUGUUCUCUUACUCUUUUCGUUACAAAUUGUCGCCUCGCUCUGUGAUGUAGGAAGCUUCAGCAAAUUUUUCACUUUAGAACUACACAAAAACUGUAAAGUUCUAGGGCUGUCAAUAAAGUUCCUGCUCUGUAUCAUAUGAUAAAUUUGUUAUAGGCUUAUUGGGUCUGCCGAACUAUUUCGUUCAGUUCUCAUGUAUUUACCACAUAGUUGCCACGUUCAUCCGUUAUCACUCGUUUUGAUUUUCUUUAAAACUAUAAUUUCGCAUGAAAGACAAUUGAAACUUGACUCACAUUUCCUUCUCAUUUCACAGUAGGACUUGAUCGCUGCUUAUUCUCGUUUCUAGAGUGCACACGUUAGAGAGUGGCGCGUCUCUUGUUGUUGUGUGAGACUUGUUGAAUCCGAUCUCCAAGAGUCUGUAAAUGAAUUUAGAUAGGAGCAGAGAGACUGAGGUUUGGUUGUGAUGUUCAAAUUUAAUUCUUUGAGUGCUAGGAAGUGACGAGACCGACGUACAUUCUAGUGACGAGACUGAUGUACGGUUUCUCUUCAUCUUCAUCUGGUUUUCAAAUAUCGGCGAACGCCAUUUGGAUCACAAACUAAUAUUUGUGACUGUUGCGCUUUAAUAAUCUCUGUUAUUGUUCCUCUAGUAUGAAGAAAACUUGUCAAGAUUUGGUCGCACACCAUUGUGCUUUUUGCAUGCUUAGGGAAGUGUAGAGUUUUUUGAAAGAUAAUGUAUCUUGUUCGAAAUUUUUCUGAUCAUUUUGUGAUAGCUGUUCUUAAUUUGGUGGGGGUGAUACACGUUUCGCCCAGGUAUAUUGGUGCGACUUUAUUGCCUAAUGAAAUUAUCCUGUGGGGCGAUAUUAGUUAAGCCCAGGCUACAUUUGUUUACAGCCUUCCAACACAGCUAGCUUUCUAACCAUUUAAUAAACGGUAUUUAAAUUUGCAA